AUGAGGUCCCAGGUUUCCCAAAAGCCAGCCCUUGCUCAAAGACACCAAUGCCCUGUCUGCCCCAAGCAUUACAAAAGACGUGAACACCUCGUUCGUCACGCGAGCUCACAUAAACCUGACCGACCAUAUCGGUGUGGUUUGUGCAGCAGUUCCUUUCAGCGAGCUGACUUACUUAAACGCCAUGUUCGGUCGUGUGAUGGGAAUGGAUCGAAGCCGGGUGCCAAGAAGCGCGCUUGUGCUCGAUGUGCGCGCCAGAAGAAGGCUUGUAGUGGAGAGCGGCCAUGUUCAGGAUGUGUGAAAAAGGGGCUGGCCUGUAUUGACUCAGCCUCUGAACAUCCUGAACGCUGGCUAGAACAAAGUGACUCAGUGCAACCGACAAAUACAGACUCUUGGAUUGAAACAGGCCCCUGUUUGGAGCAAGAAUCAAUAAGAGCACCCGACCCGACCCCAUUCGGUAUCGAACAAGAACCUGAAAACUUCCAGGUCGCUCCACUUGGCACACCUUUCAAUGAGUGCCAAAUCGAUGAUGCCAGCUUUGACUGGCAAGAAUAUCUGCUUCUGGCUUCUGAGUCUCAAGUGCUCCGAGAAAAUCCUUUGCUCAACACUGGCCAGGGAGAUCUGCUUCGCUUUCUAGACCGCUUUACCAGCAAUACUGGGUUUAUAGCAAGCUUCGACUGUUGCACUCAAGAGCAAAGAGAACAAAUCGCCUCGCAGCUAGCGUUCGAUUCUUCCGUCCAGAGACAGCCAGCCACGACGGCUAUCCCCCCUUCGCCAGAGCUUUACCUGUCCCACCCUCUCGUGGAGAAUAUUAGUGAUCCGUCAACCAGCGAUUGCAUCCCUCUAAAUUGGCUUAGUGACCCAUUGUCGUUGAAGACACAUGAAAUUCUGCUCCUUGUAGAGGAAGUCGUUAAGAUAAAGCCUCGAAACAGCUCCGUGACUCUCUCGUGGUCAUCCUCCCUUAAGAAUUGUUGUCUGCAGUUCUUCUCUCCUUCCAAUCUUCGAAGGCUCCUAGGGUUAUAUUGGGCGAUAUGGUAUCCAAAUAUAAACCUGAUCCAUCGCCCAACAUUUGACCCUGUAUCAGCCAAGCCUGCUCUUCUUGCUACUAUGGCAGUCACCGGAGCCUGUGUCUCCCCUGACCUUCUAGACAACGAGGAUGCCCGGAUAUGGCUCAAUUGCGUCGAAGAGAUCGUGUUCAUCGAUGACGAUUUCAAUGAAGAUUCGACGUCUUCCUCCGAUCGUAUAGCAACACAGCGCCCGAAGAUUCAGAUCUUACAAGCGGCGUAUAUGGUCUGUAUGUUUCAAAACUGGGAAGGAACAGACUCUAGCAAAGCCCGGGUGCGUCGUCAUCGCUUUGCUUCGUUGGUAUCCGCGACCCGAGAUGUGGGUAUCCAAACAGCUAGACACCUGAAGUAUUCGCUCCUGGGAAGGAUUGAAUUUGACUGGAGAGAGUUUGCGGCUCGCGAGGAGCUCAUUCGGGUUUUCACUUGGACGUUUCUUCUUGAUACUGCCUUUGUGAUCUUCCAUAAUCUCCCGCCUCGAAUGGUGAUCAGAGAGAUGAGAAUGCAUAUGGCUGUCCCUGAAUCAUGCUUUCAGGCUAUGACCGCAAACGAAUGCCAUCAGAAUCUUCAAGUGCACCUUCCGAUAGACAGUCCUUAUUGGGACCUCUCCAUGCGCAGUGCGUUUGAGUCUCUAUCAAAAGAUAAAUUUCUAGACCCAACUCGUGUGGCUAUCGCUGAACUGGGCCCACUCAAUCUGUUCGCCUUGGCCUCAGCAAUCCAUUCACAGAUCUUCCAAUACCGCAGCUCAGUCAGUACAUCCCAGAACUUGUCACCAAUAUGUAAUACUCUACGUAACUGGCGCUCUGCAUGGGAUAUGUUCGCCUCUACUUCAUCUUCUGGAGAUUCGCCGCAUAUCACCAUCGGCGGUGGUUGCCUCCAACUGGAUACUAUGUGGAAGCGGAUCGGUUUCUGUCGACACUGCCCCGAAUAUUGGCUUCUCGCAAAGCUUAUGGCAGAUCGCCUGUCCCUGUUAGGAUCAACGCAACAAGGAAAUGAGCAGGUCCUUCACGACAACGGUCCACUAGAUCCUAUACUAAGAAACUACGACCAGACAAGCAUGCGCCAGGUGAAUGAUUUGAUCUUGGGCUUCAAGGCAUUCCAGCUCUAG